AUGACGCGCCCGAAAUGUCCCGGCUCUUCACUGAUACUGCUUAUCGCAUUCGCCGAGCUUUGCGCUGCGGCUUACACCAGCGUUUCGUUCGUGAACAGUACCGAUAAACCGCGUCCAAAACGCGAGGUGGACAAACUCGGUGAUCCAUAUCGAUUCCUCAUUUUUCCAGAAGGCAGCAACGUUCAGCUAAUCUACUGCAUGACUAUCGGCACCUACGCAAAACCUCAAGGAAUAUUCACCAUGGGUGUGACUGCUGGUCUGGCUUGGCAAUUGCCUCACAGAAACUCUGGAGUCCACCGAAAACCAGCCGAGGUCUAUCACCGCAGGAGUCGACGAGAACUGUAUCCGAAAAUAGAAAUGCUGCUGAAGGCUCAAGGAAAGGACGGCAGAGCCUGCGUACUUAAGGCGCUCUGCAAAGCUGGCCAACGAAACCGAAACGCGACUGACGUGGGAAAGGGGGGCUUCAUGAGGGAGAUGAUGCACUCGAUAUUCACAUUACCGGGAGGAUCGUUCCACGAGGAUCCCAUGACUCAGUACGAGAGAGCCCACUUACAAUCAGACGAGGACUGCGACCAGCUGUAUCCCACUUGUCUCGAGAACAUAUGAGAAGAGAUUUUCUACCUGCCCGGCUCCUCCUCACAUGCCGCAACGCGCCGACGGAUCGCCCCUCGAAUUCACCGACAAAUUGAACGUGUUUUCCUACAAGAAAAAACUUUCCCUGAACCUCGAGGAUCGAGUACUUCGCGAUAAAUGUAGCAAUAACAACAACGGAUUGCCACUGUGCAUCGUUAACGCUGUUUCAGAAACAAGAAAAAAAAAUGUAAAGAUUUUUGGUUACCGGUGAUCC